AUGAGCCGAGACGACGAAUAUGACUAUCUCUUCAAAGUUGUCCUCAUUGGUGACUCGGGUGUCGGCAAGACCAACCUUCUCGGAAGAUUCACUCGCAAUGAAUUCAACCUUGAGUCCAAGAGUACCAUUGGUGUCGAAUUUGCCACUCGUAGCAUUCAAGUCGAUAACAAAGUAAUCAAGGCCCAGAUCUGGGAUACAGCCGGUCAGGAACGUUAUCGUGCUAUCACCAGCGCAUACUAUCGUGGUGCUGUAGGUGCAUUGUUGGUGUAUGAUAUUUCAAAGCACUCGACCUAUGAAAGUGUGGGACGUUGGCUCAAGGAGUUACGGGAUCAUGCAGACUCAAACAUUGUCAUCAUGCUUGUCGGCAACAAGAGUGAUUUGAGACACCUGAGAGCUGUACCUACCGAUGAAGCCAAGCAAUUUGCUGCCGAGAAUGGUCUCUCUUUCAUUGAAACUUCGGCUUUGGAUGCUACCAACGUUGAGCUUUCUUUCCAAAAGAUUUUGACUGAAAUCUACCGUAUCGUAUCCAACAAGGCCCUUGAAUCUUCCAACAAUGCCAUCAAACCUACCGGUGGUCAAACGAUUUUGGUGUCACAAACACCCGAAGAGCAAAAGCAAGGUGGCUGCUGCUAA